AUGCGAUUGACUGACCUCGCCAAAGAGUAUGGAAGGAGUGCAUCCACAAUCACUACAAUCCUAAAAAUGAAAGAGAAGAUAACUGGGAGAGAUGCAGCCAAGGGAGUCACCAGGGUCUCCAAGCAACGGCCACCUGUUCUGGAGGAGGUCGAGAAGUUGCUCCUGCACUGGAUUGAACAGAAGCAGCGUGCAGGGGACUCAGUGACCAAGGCGAUCAUCUGCGAAAAAGCCAAGGCCUUGCACGCUGACCUCCUCAAACAACAGCCAGGAACGUCAGCAGGUGCAGAACGCUUCAAGGCCAGCAGGGGGGUUCGAAAGGUUCAAGACCAGAUCUGGAAUCCACAGUGUGGUCAGGCAUGGAGAGGCUGCAAGUUCCAAUGUUGCUGCAGCUGAGGAAUUUGCUAAGGAGUUCCUGGAGGUCCUACUUUCAGAGGGCUACCUUCCUCAGCAGGUCUUCAACUGUGACGAGACUGGACUCUACUGGAAGAGGAUGCCAAAGCGUACCUUCAUCACAGAAGAGGAGACCUCAUUGCCUGGCCACAAGCCGAUGAAGGACCGUCUCACCUUCCUGUUCUGCGCCAACGCCAGUGGGGAUCUUAAGAUCAAGCCCCUGCUUGUCUACCAUUCAGAGAACCCAUGGGCCUUCAAGAAACACAAGGUGAACAAGGAGCAGUUGAGCCUUUUGUGGCAGUCUACCCAAAGGCUUGGGUCACACGCCUCUUGUUUGUGAAGUGGGUCAAUGCGGUUUUUGAUCCUGCUGUGAAGAAGUACCUUGUGGACAAUAACCUGCCACUCAAGGCUAUGCUGCUCAUGGACAAUGCUCCUGCCCAUCCUCCAGGCCUUGAGGAAGACUUGCUGGAAGACUUUAAUUUCAUCAAGGUCAUGUUCCUUUCGCCUAACACCACCCCACUACUUCAGCCAAUGGACCAGCAGGUCAUCUCCAAUUUUAAAAAACUCUACACAAGGGAGCUUUUCCGGCGAUGCUUUGAGAUGACAGAUUGCUCAAGCCUCACCUUCCAUGAAUUUUGGAGAGAACAUUUUGACAUUGUGAGCUAUCUGCAAUCACCAUUGCCUAGGCCGGGGAAAGCCUGA